AUGAAAAUAAGUAAUUUAAGAAUAAAAUUACUAAUUUCUGUAUUUAUAAUAGUAUUUUUAUGGCAAAUUUCUAAACUAUGGGUAUACUAUUUGAAACAAUCAAGCUCAAAGGAAAUUGAUAAGAAGCAAAAAUUUGAACCAAUACUCGUUACAGUUUAUUAUGAAGCAUUGUGCCCUGAUUCAAAAUAUUUUAUUAUCAAACAAGUAGUACCAACGUUUAACAGUAUAGGGAAUUAUAUUGAGAUACAAUUAAUUCCAUAUGGCAAGGCAGAAACAACAGUUGUCAAGGAUGAUUAUACAUUUGAAUGCCAACAUGGAGCGGUCGAAUGCGCAGCCAAUAUCAUUCAUGCAUGCUCGAUCAACAAAAUUAAAGAUACUAGAAAACAAUUAGAAGUAGUAGCUUGUAUGAUAAAAAAUAAUAUGCAUCCCAUGUCUAUUUUAAGAAGUUGCACUAGUCAAAUGGAUGAAUAUAAGUCAAUAGUAAAUUGCGCACAAUCUAUCGAGGGAAGGAGACUUUUAAUGAAGUAUGGAGAAAUCACAAAAGCUUUAGAUCCUGCGAUUAAUUUUAUUCCAACGAUUACGCUUGAUAGUGAAAUGGAUAAUCAAAUAUUAAUUCUUAAAAAUUUAUUACGUCAAAUAUGUCAACGUAUAGAGAUACCACUAAAAGAAUGUAAAAGUUAAAAUCUAUUUCGACAAUUUUUAAACGUUUUACUUUGUUAGAAUU